GCUUAUUGCAAUUAGCACAACGCAUUUUUUUUAUUUAAUCAUAUUGUUCCAAUUAUUUUCGAUUAAAUGAAAGAAUCAAAUGUAUUAUUAGACGGUAAACUGAAAAGUCCGUCCGCCGCGAGCGAAACUACAAACCGCCUCUUAAUAUAAGUUACCGCUGUUACGUAAAGUUUGCGUUCGACGCGAAAUUUCAAAGCGCCUUUCAUGUAGCCGCUGGACCAGAGGAUGGAAUAUUGAUUGACCAAUCAGCGUCGAGAAUGGCUCAUCUCUGCAAACCGCAACUUGGAAUAAGUCGCUCUUCGGUGCUUUUGGGAACCUUAUUCAAGUUCUGUGAAAUUAAAUACGCGUUCCAUGUGAUUUUAAAAGCUCUCAAAAUGGACCGUUAUUCUGUCAAGGAACUGUACAAGACCAUAAAACACAUGUUUAAUUUUGAAUUGAAAGUUGAACAAGAAUUGAUCUUAAAAGAAUUGAUGAAGAACCGGGACGUAACCGCCAUUCUGCCAACCGGAUACGGAAAAUCGCUAUGCUACAUUUUGCCACCAUUACUAAGCGAUGUGAAAAGCCCGGACGUACAACAUGUUGCUGUUGUGGUAUCUCCUUUGAUUAGUUUGAUGAAGGACCAGGAGCAACACCUUACACAAUGGGGUAUAAAGUGCUGUCUUUCGGUCGACCUGGGACCAAAAGUGAAAGAUCAAAUUUUAGAUCUAGCUACAGCAGAUGUGUCCAUCAUCUUUGUGACGCCAGAGGCGCUCCAGACGUCGCCUUGGAGGAAAUUGUUCCUGGAUCGAAGAUUCCAGAAGAGGCUAACAGUUCUAGCUUGUGACGAAGCGCACUGUGUGUCUGACUGGGGUGAAGAUUUUCGGCCAGAAUUUCGAAUGGUGGCUGAGAUCAGAAGUCUUUGCGAUGCCCCCUUGUUGGCUGUCACUGCUACAGCAACACAAGCGGUACAAGAUGGCAUCGUCAAAUACCUUCACAUAAGCGAAAAUGCAUUGUCAAUUGGAGUAGUUCCGGAUAGGCCUAAUAUCAAGCUGGUUGUGAAGGCGAAGGCCACUGAGCACUAUGAGGAUGAACUCCUGUGGGUACUCGACGGAUGCAAGGAAGGGGAGUUGAUCGAGAAGACCUUAAUAUUUUGCAGGUCAUACAAGAGUGUGUAUAAUGUAUGGUCAUUUCUGGUCGAGGGGCUACAGGACCAUUGGUGGGUGGAUGGAGAGAGGAAGGUAGAGAUGUACCAUGCGUCAACAGAUGACGAUUCCAAGAAACGGAUUCUUGGGGAAUUCUCUAAACCCGAUGGGCGUGUUCGAGUUGUUGUAAGCACGAUUGCUUUCGGGAUGGGAAUUGCUAUUCCUAACAUUAGAAUGGUCAUUCACUGGGGAGCCCCGAAAAGCUUUCUCGCCUACUGGCAGGAAAUCGGUAGGGCGGGAAGAGAUGGCAAACCUGCUCUGGCAGUUGCCAUUUUAUACCCGCGGUCGCUCUGCCCGAGAGUAUGUGACAAUAACCUAAAAGAGAUGUUCGUGUCAGAAGAGUGUAUAAGAAGAGGGGUGCUUCUGAACCUACUAACGAAGGACAUGGACGCAAACAAAGUCCCAAAGGCAUCCAAAUGUGAGAACAAGAAAUGCAUUCAAUGCAUAUGUGCAUGCUGUUUAUGCUGCAGCAAUUGUUUCUCCCGAUGUACGUGUGAGGGUAAAGAAACGCAAACACUAUUCAAAACCAAUUGAAAAGGGCAAUACACAGUAUAUACUGCUCAAAUCAGUGCAGCCACAAUCAACAAAGUGGAACAUUCGAUCGAUGUUUGAAAAUACAUUUCACACUUAAUCGGAAAAGGAUGGAACUUAUGUUUUUUUUACGCAAGUGUAUGUAAAUAAUGAAUAUCUUGAUG